AGAUCCUCUGGUUGAGACGUUGGGUUAGUUGGGUUGACAGGACACAAUAUUAAAGAUGGCCGGGAAUAAAGAACCUCCACCGUUAUUCGAAGAUGUCGAUACCGAUAAAAAUGAUAUGGAUGACGACGACGAUGAUGAUAUUUUUUCAUCUGCAAUGCAGGACCCAUCGCUAUUGGAAACGUCUUCUCCGUUUAACGGAGUUUCCCGAGCGCAAUCUGAAUUACCAAAAUUGUCGUUGAGGGACGCAGUUGAAGAAAAUUCUUUCUCUACAGUUUCAAGUCCUGCCCCUGGGGGACCUUUAAGUCCUCUCAUGGGAAAUGAUAUGGAUGAUCUACAGGAUGUUCCUAUAAACGAUAAUUCGGAUGAUACGUCGAUACACAGACACCUACAGUCUCAGUCUUUAGAGGAGGUUCCGACAGAAUCUUCGGACACAUUUUUGAAAAUCACUGUGACUUCUCCACAGAAAAUGGGGGAAGGAAUGGGAGCCUACGUUGCCUAUCGAGUAGAAACGAAAACCAACAUGCCUAUUUUUCGCAGUAGAAGUUUCAGCGUAGUUAGACGAUUUAGUGAUUUUCUCGGUCUCCACGAUAAGCUGACUGAAAAGUAUCUUAGAAAUGGGAGAAUAAUUCCACCCGCUCCAGAAAAAAGCGUCAUUGGCAUGACGAAAAUAAAGAUGUCGGGUGACAAGAACCAGGAACAAAGUUCGAGUUCAACUGAAUUUAUUGAGCGUCGAAGAUCGGCAUUGGAAAGAUAUUUGAAUCGAACAGCCGCUCAUCCAAUUCUUGGAGUUGAUCCCGAUUUCAUCGAUUUUUUGAAGGCCGACAUGGAAUUACCAAAAGCAACCAACACUUCCGCCUUGAGUGGAGCUGGAGUAAUGAGGCUAUUCAAUAAAGUAGGAGAAACUGUCAAUAAAAUCACUUACAAAAUGGAUGAAAACGACACCUGGUUCGAAGAAAGAACGACGCAGAUUGAUUCUCUGGAUACUCAAUUGAGAGCUUUGCAUUCCGCUGUAGAAAACUUGACAAAUCAGAGACGAGAGUUGGCGAAUUGCACAGGUGCGACUGCGAAAGCUGUUGCAGUACUUGGUCAUGGCGAACAAGGAGCUGCUCUUGGAAGAGCUUUGGCACAAUUAGCAGAGACCUUGGAGAAAAUUGAGGUCGUCCGAAAAGCACAAAGCAAUAGUGAUCUUUAUCAAUUCGCAGAAAUGCUCAGGGAAUACGUUUCUUUGAUUACAGCAAUCAAGGAGGUGUUCCACGAGCGAGUAAAGGUAUUUCAAAACUGGCAGCACGCACAGAUGAUGCUGAACAAGAAACGUGAGCACAAAGCUAGACUCGAACAAACAGGUCGCAGCGAUAAAACAAAUCAGGCAGCGACCGAGGUCAUCGAAUGGGAGUCGAAAGUCGAGAGAGGACAAGAAGAAUUCGACAAAAUUUCCCAGAUGAUAAAGAAAGAAGUGGAGAGAUUUGAAUUGAUCAGAGUCGAUGAUUUCAAGAAACAAUUAAUACAAUAUCUGGAGAAUAUGCUGAAGCAUCAGAAUCAACUAAUUCAGCAUUGGGAGAGCUUUUUACCUGAGGCACGCGCCGUCGCGUGAAUAUUCCAUGUAAUUUCUAAGAGAAUAUUUUUUAUUGAAGUUUACCUGCUGGGUUACGUGUGUGUAUAAAAGAAGAUUGUGCAAUGCAAUAGAUAAGAUGAGAAAUUGAGAUGAUGCGUUCUAAACGCUUCAAACACGAGGAUAUUCGUCAUUCCCAAGAUAUUGGUAGGUUUUAAGCGAAUUGAUAUUCGAUGGAUCUAAUUAACGCAUACAUUUUUUAAAUAUAAAGUCAAGUAUUUAUAAUUUGUAAUUAUACUGCAAAUGUCUCUCUGAAUUAGAAA